AUGACACGACGAAAUGAGAAGGAAGAAGCUCCACCACAGGGCAAAAUCCUGGACUCAUUUCCCUCCAGAAUAGCACCCUAUGCCGAGCUGAUGCGUAUCCAUCGACUGUUGGGGUUCUACCUUAAUACGUCCCCUUAUCUCGUGGGCGUUGCCUUUAGCGCAUCCAUUUCAUCCACGAAGAUCCCAAUCGCCGUUCUCUUUCACCGCGCCAUGCUUCUAUCCAUCUGGUCCAUAUUCCUUCGAAGCGGGGUGUCCCCGUCAAAUGCCCUCUUGCUCACCGUCGCUCUGUUCGCCUGCGGAGGCAGUGUUUUGGUAUUCCUUCCAUGGGCCUGCACUGUGGAUUGCCUCAUUAUCACAUUCUUCGCACUCUUAUACCCAUUUGGCAAGCGGUUUACCGACUAUCCUCAGAUUACCUUGAUGAACAUCGGAUGGGCCAUUCCGAUGGCAAUGCACAGCCUCGGGUUAGAUCCUCUCUCACAGAUAACACCGACUGUGUGCAUGUUCCUGUUUAUUGGAUCGGUCAUUAUCAUGAUCGAUGUAAUUUACUCGCGCCAGGAUACGGAGGAGGACUUGAAGGUCGGGGUGAAAAGCAUGGCGGUCCGGUUCAGGGACUCCAUUCAACUCCUGUCAUGUUCUCUCCUCUAUGCAUCCACUGGUUUCCUCGCGAUGGCAGGAGUUUUGACUGGGCUUGGUGUGUCAUUUUUCAUCGUCUCUGUUGGUGGUCAUUUCUGCGGAUUCUGGAUUCUCCUUAAAGCAACUCAGGUAGGGAAGUCGUCUGGAGUUGAAUCCUACGCCAAGUCCGCUUUCUUCCUUGCUACUUUGUUUUGGUUAUUCGGAUUUUUGAUUGAAUAUUGCCUGCGUAAUUAG